AAAAACCAAAGAGGAAGGAGAAAUGGAGGAGCCACGGAAUUAUGGUCACCAACAUCCCUUGCUUCUUUUGAAUGAAGAUCAGCUGAUUGUAGCUGACUGCUCAAUGUGUGGCGUGAAGGUGUCAACUCCAUGUUUUAGCUGUGCCCAGGAUUGUGGGUUUUACCUUCACAAGGUAUGUGCUGAGCCACCUUUGGAGCUUAAUCAUCCUUUUCAUCCUCAUCAUCCUCUUCUUCUUAUGCAAAAUGCACCUUAUUCAUCUGGACUGUACAUUUGCAAUUUAUGCCAUCUAAAAGGUAACAAGUUUGUUUAUCACUGCUCGUGCGAUUUGGACUUUCAUAUUAAAUGUGCUCUAUUUACAUUUAAUAUUUCUGAAAAUCAUUUGAAAGAGCUUGAGCAUGUUGCCCUUUGUUGGAACAAAGAGACAAUAACAGGCUGUUUUGUAUCUUGCUUGAAUAGCAAGCCUCGAGCCUUGUUGAAGAAACAAACUCAGAAGCAAAACAGAAAAUGAAACUAGCAGGCGAAUAACAGAAAAGAGAGAAGAAGAUUGAAUGAAAAAAAUGAGCUGAUAUUUUUUCAUUGACUCAAAACAAGGCAUUAAGUCAUUACAUAUUUCAGUCA